AUGACAACUCUGGGUGGUGCUGUCCCAAGGAUGAUGCGACCAGCUCCCGGACAGAAUUAUCCUCGCAGCGGGUUCCCAUUAGAAGUGUCGACUCCUCUGGGCCAAGGCCGAGUCAACCAGCUCGGGGGCGUUUUUAUCAACGGCCGGCCUCUGCCCAACCACAUCCGCCACAAGAUCGUGGAGAUGGCCCACCACGGCAUCCGGCCCUGCGUCAUCUCUCGCCAGCUGCGAGUGUCGCACGGCUGCGUCUCCAAGAUCCUCUGCAGGUACCAGGAGACCGGUUCCAUCCGGCCUGGGGCCAUCGGGGGCAGCAAACCCAAGCAGGUGACGACGCCGGAUGUCGAGAAGAAAAUCGAGGAAUAUAAGCGGGAGAACGCAGGCAUGUUCAGCUGGGAAAUUCGGGACAAGCUGCUGAAGGAUGGCGUGUGCGAUAGAAACACCGUGCCGUCAGUGAGCUCCAUCAGCCGCAUUCUGAGAAGUAAAUUUGGGAAAGGAGAAGAAGAAGAAGCCGAGCUGGAGAGGAAGGAAGUGGAGGAGAGCGAGAAGAAGGCCAAGCACAGCAUCGACGGCAUCCUCAGCGAAAGAGCCCCAAUCUCACCACAGUCGGAUGAAGGUUCUGACAUAGAUUCUGAACCAGAUUUGCCAUUGAAGAGAAAGCAACGUCGUAGUAGAACAACUUUCACGGCAGAGCAAUUGGAGGAGCUGGAGAGAGCUUUUGAGAGGACCCACUACCCUGAUAUAUACACCCGGGAGGAACUUGCACAAAGAGCUAAACUCACUGAAGCUCGGGUUCAGGUCUGGUUUAGUAAUCGUCGAGCUAGAUGGAGGAAGCAAGCUGGGGCCAAUCAACUGAUGGCUUUCAAUCACUUGAUCCCAGGUGGAUUCCCACCCACUGCCAUGCCAACUCUGCCAACAUACCAGUUAUCAGAAUCUUCCUACCAGCCCACGUCUAUUCCACAAGCUGUGUCAGACCCAAGCAGUACAGUUCACAGACCUCAGCCUCUUCCGCCAAGCACUGUACACCAAAGCAGCCUCCCUUCAAACCCAGAAAGCAGCUCUGCGUAUUGCCUCCCGAGCUCAAGGCAUGGCUUUUCCAGCUAUACAGACAGCUUUGUGCCUCCAUCCGGGCCCUCAAAUCCUAUGAACCCUGCCAUUGGCAACGGCCUUUCACCUCAGGUAAUGGGCCUCUUAACUAACCAUGGUGGUGUACCUCACCAGCCCCAAACUGACUAUGCCUUAUCACCGUUAACUGGGGGUUUAGAACCAACCACUACAGUAUCGGCUAGCUGUAGUCAAAGACUAGAUCAUAUGAAAAGUUUAGAUAGCCUGCCUACAUCCCAGUCAUACUGCCCACCAACAUACAGCAGCACUGGUUAUAGUAUGGAUCCUGUCACAGGAUAUCAGUAUGGACAAUAUGGACAAAGUGCCUUUCAUUAUCUGAAGCCAGAUAUUGCAUAAAUGAACUGUCCACUUCAAGUUAAAGCCAGUCUUGUUCCUGGUCUCACUCCAAUAUUUGAAAUGGAGCGAUCUUCUCACCAAAAUGAGGCCCAGAACAGAGUGAUCAUACAAGAGAUAAUGGGACUGUUAUGCUCUUUUCUCCAAUCAGUGCUUUCAAUAAGACAUUUGGACAUCUUGGGUAAAGCUCCUCAGAAGACAAAGACCAUGAGCUGUAACAUAAAUAAAAAGCAGCACAGUUCAGCAUUGAUUUGUAUGAAAAAGGGGAAGAGAGUGUUUCAAACUGCUGGGCUGCAGUAAACAUUCCAUUUUUAGGUUGAUGAAGAGGCAUGGAUUAAUUUGGAUACACCACGUUCUAGAAUAUAGCACGGUGAAUGCUGCAAAUUCAAACCAGUUUUGAUGUCCAGUGCCGACUUUAACUCUGCUCAGUUUGUAAAGCACGGGCAGGAGAACAUUGUUUUACACACUGGAAACUGACCUCGAAAGAAAAUGUUAAGGUCUGUAGGAAGCUAGACUAGAUGUUUGAAGACUUCCAGAAAUAAGUUAUUGGUUAUCUUCUUGUUCUUUGUAAUCAUAUUGUUGAUAAAUGUCACAUGCAAGUGUUUUAUUUCUUCAUUACAACAAAUGAGAUAAUAGUGUAACAUGAAGAAAAGUUCUGCAAAGUUUUUUUGUGUGUGAAGUUUUCCUAGUCCAUGAUACCUCCCGGAAGAAGCAAGCAAACAAACAAAAAAAUACAGAAUACCUUUGAUUUCCAUGACUGUUUAACAAUGUGCAAUAUGUCGUACCUCACCAAGCUUUGGUAACAUCCAAGGCAUUAUAUAUAGAAUCAAAAUUAUAUUUUUCCAGGUACUUUAUUUUUACAGUACAUAGUUCACUCUUUUAAUAUUCUGAGGUGUCACAGUUUGUUUAGACUAUCUCCACUGUAUUAGUUUUGACAGGUGACCAUGCUGGGGAGACAAUACAUUUAAAAAUUCUUAUGUUUACAUUAUUUUUUAGCAAAAAUGCAGGGCAUAAAUCACUAUGUCUCUGGAGUUGUCAUGUAAUUUUAAAUUAUACAAUGGCAUCCAAUAUAUAAAGGAAAGUCCAAUGGAAACCAAGGUUUACAUAAGUUUUUGUGUUGUGACAUUUCCAAAUGUCAAUAAAUUUGUGUUUUGAAAUGUUAGGAGGGACAGGAAGAUGGCAGGCAGUGUUAUUUAUUUUUCUUUAUUCUUGGAACAAUGAGUGGGGUAGAGCACAAAUACAUUCCUUUUAGCAUUCAACAAUGAAAGUAGUGAAUUAGUAAGACUAGGCUAUAGUACAGAGAUUAGUUCGCACAUUGGUUUAAAGGGUGAUGGAACAAAAGAAAUACUAUCUUUGUGUUACAGCCUCUACCAACAACACAUGUGUUGUAAAAAAAGGUCUCAUAUUAAAAAGUGCAGUAAAUAUUUACUAUUUAUAAUGAA